UAAUAUAAAAACAUUGUGUGAAUGAGCAUAUAAAAAUUGUAACGCCGGCACAAUCCCAACGCCCAUAAAUAUCUCCCGAAAAUGCAAAGGAGCUGUAUUCAUCAACCCUAUUUCAGAUUUAAACAAUAAUAAUUUUCCUCGUUGCGUGUGACCUUUUCUCAAGAUGAACCGCUCGGAUUCUAUACCCAUACGGCGUGAUCGCUCCUUUGACAGCGUUCUCAAUCGCCUGCUUAGGAUUCGGUCACAGAAUCAUGAGGGCUUCCGGGCUGCCAUGUACAAUUUUCUAAUUGCAGCGGGCGUGGCCGCUUUUGUGGCCGUCUGCUUCAUCCUGGGCCCCUUUGUGCGUCCGCUGCUCUGGGCCUUCCUCAUGGGCGCGGUGCUAUUCCCAUUCAAACGCAAACUGGCCGAACUGCUGAACAAUUGGUUCCAGCGCCUCGAGGAGCGCGAUUCGAAUGUGAUCGUCUCCAUUUGCCUGGCUCCACUGGAGGCUACCGAGCAUUGCGGUCGCUUGCUCAUCAACUGGCUGUGCCAGCACUGGCAGCUCCUCAUAGCCGGCUGCGGCGUUGCCGUCUGCGUCAAGCUUCUUGUUUUGUAUGCGCCCAAAGGCUGCCUGUUGUUGCUCUGGAACUGGCUGACCUUUUCGCACGGCCUGUUCGUGCGCAUCAUUGGCUUCCUCAAUGUGUAUGUGCUUAUCGUUUUGAUUGCCAUAUACUUGUCCUCGGUGCACUUUUUCUGGAAGCCAGAGAAUAGCGCACGUUUCGUUGUCGCCGGCCAGUCCAUGUGGAUAGCCAUUGCCGGCUAUUUGUGCAGUUUUCUGGGCGCGUUUCAGGUGCCUGUUUUCCUGCUGGUCAUGGGCUACGUGCUUGUCUCCACGGCGUAUCAUCUGCAGACGAGUGAUGAUCAUGACGCCAGCUCCUAUUUGGAGCGCCUGCAGAAGCUGUUCAAUAAAAAUGAUUUCGAGAAAUCUCUGAGCAAUCUCAGCAUUUGUCGCCGAGCUGCUGGCGAGCCGACAUUGCAAUCCGAUGUGGAGGACAUUUCGUUGAGUGACACUAUAGAUUCCGAGGACACUUUCGAUGCCAAGCUGGCGGAGGAGCCAGAGGUACACCAGAGCGAUACCUACUUUAAGCUGUUAUUUUAUGCCUGCCUUGGCACCUUUUUGUAUCGCAACAUUUGGAUGUUUAUACUGGCUGCGGUGCCGGUGUUUCUGCAUUUAUUGUACACUGCGGGCAGCUAUACGGGCCUAACCCAGUUUGUCUGCGGCAAGCUCGACGAUGCCUAUCGGGGCGUGAGGUCGUGGGCCUUGGAGCAUCAUUCGGCUGUGCUGCCGCUGUGCCUGCCGGGCGUUCUGGAGCUCAACUACAAGAUCAACUGCAUUGUGCGGGAUUCGCUUAAGUCAUCUGUGGAGUCUGUCACAUCCAUUCUAAUGAUCAUACUCAUGCUGCUCAUCAUCAUCUUUCUGAGUGUUUUCUUUUGCGUUAACAUCUAUUCGGAGACGAUUGAGGUCGCGUAUCUGGGCAAAGAUCUAAUUAACAAGACAAUCACAGAUCGUCCUGAGCUAAUUGAUAUAUUGCCCGCCAAUAUACAGGCGUCCAUUGAUGAUGCGCUCGACAAUGCGCAUCAUUAUGGUCGCCGUAAGAUUGAGACCUAUAUAGAUGAUUGGCUAGCCGAUGCCGACAAGGUGCAUGCCACCAAAUUAAAGGAACAAAUUCUCGAUGUCUGGGACAGGCUCAUACAGUAUUGGAUUGACUUCAACAAGGCGGGCACCUCGUACGGGCCGCGCGUGCCCACGGAUGCGCUGAAAAGCACCUUCGGUGAGAUUGUCGAUAAUCCAGGACAUUUUAAAGAGCUAGUUUUAGUGGCAAAACAGGGCAUCAUCGGCUGGGCGCAGAGCAAUACGCAGACCAUCCUUGAGGUUGCCGAAUCUCUGUGGCACAUUAUACGCACGAAUCUCUCAAUGAUAAUGGGCGUUACGGGCGAGAUACUAUCGCUGCUGCUAUCCGGCGGACAGGCGUGCAUUGAGUUCAUAUUGGACAUGAUUGUGUUCUUCACGGCCUUGUUCUAUCUGCUGUCCAGCAGUCAGGAGAAGUAUGCGCCCAUGCAGAUCACCAAAUAUAUGGGUUACUCUGCCUCGGGCAUUAAAGUCGCUGAUGCCUUGGAGAACUCAAUUACGGUUGUGCUCGUCUCCAUGUUCAAGUGCUCCACGUUUACGGGUCUCUUCACCUGGCUGGUGCAUACGGUGUUUGGCGCUCGGAUUGUCUUCCUGCCCUCCGCUUUGGCUGCUCUGCUGGCGGCUGCUCCAUUUUUGGGCAGCUACUGGUGUGCGGUGCCUGCCUUUUUGGAGCUCUGGCUGGCACAGGAUCGCUUCUAUGCGGGAUUGAUACUGUUCCUUUUACAAUUCUUUGUACCCUCGUCCUUCGAGACCGCCAUCUAUGCGGACAUUAAGGGUGGGGGCCAUCCCUACCUCAAUGGCCUGGCCAUAGCGGGCGGCAUGUACUGGAUUGGCUGGCAGGGCGCCAUCUUUGGCCCCCUGAUGCUCUGCUUCUUCAUUGGCCUCUUCGAAGUGGCCACCCUGGCCAUGCGCACGAAUCAGGAGCCCAGCAUAUGAACGCAGCUCGGAUGAGGAGACGCGCACCACGUGAGUCGUCCGCAUGGCUUCAAAGGAUCUGGCUCCAACAACUGCGAAUUUCUUUCAAUACUCGAAAUGCAAAUCUAACAAGUUUCCGAGCUUGUCUGGCCCAACUAACUAACUAAUGAAUGUCAAGCAUUUAGCCAAGCUAAGAAAAUUUUUCAGUUUUCACGUUUUUUCAUACUUCUUUUUUUAGUAUUUGAUUCGAGUCGCUUUUGUUUAUAUUUUUGUACUAAAUUUUUAAGUAUGCAAACAAUUGAUUCCGUCACUAAAAGCUGUGUAUUCAAACUAA